UUACAAUGUUUAUUCAACUUUUUGUAAUAUUUCUCAGCCUAUACCAUGUUAAGUCCGCGGACUUAUGGGUUUUCGACAGUAAUGGCAGUUAUACGUCAACGCCGCUGAAAUCGCCUUUAGGCCUAUUAAAUUCAUCGUUCAAUGUGACGUUAGACACGGUGUUUUUUGCGUUUGGAUUUAAUAAUACGCCUAGUACAGUCACAGUUAUAGCUAUAACAAAGGCAUACAUAGAACUCAAACAGAACACUGAUAUGAACUAUGUACUUCUAAAUUGGGAAAAAGAAGCGUCUACUGAAAUCGCGGGGCCCAUUAUUCAUUACCCAACUACAGGCAUUCUCAACGCUAAAAGAAUUGGCGAGGCCUUGGGUGAUGCACUUCUAGAAUUGUCAAACCACGGACUGGAUUUGAAGCGCGUACAUUUAAUGGGACACUCACUUGGAUCUCAUCUAGUGGGUCACGCUGGUAAGCAAACAACAAAACAACAAAAACCCGUUGGAAGAAUCACCGGUUUAGACCCAGCAGGGCCCCUAUAUGAUAGUCCUACAUUACUACAUCCGUUACGAGAGACUGAUGCCAUUUUCGUAGUAGGUAUCCAUAGUGACCCUGUCGUAUAUGGUACAUCAGAAAAUGUCGGGCAUGUUGACGUUUGGCUUAAUUGUGGCAUGAGACAUCAACCAGGCUGUCGUGAGAACUCUUUAGCAUGA